GUCACCUUGACGCUGAUUAGUAUUAUUUCGGGCUUGGCUGAAGGAAGCACUCAUGCUUAUAAUUUCUGUCUUGAACGUUAUACGUCUCUCGUGGGCAGGAGAUUGAUACUUCACUGUCUCCGGCGCGGUCGAAAUGCCUGUCAAUACUCUGACUAGCGAGGCCGGGAUCAAGAUUGGCCCAAUUCUCUUGGAGACUCUUGUGAAGCAUUACUUUGAACGCACGUUGAAGCACAGCUCUUCAGGCGGGAAGGGUUUGACCCAGCUAAGGCAGGAUGAACUGUUGUACGACGAAGCGUUCAAUAUAGUGAAGGCCUUUUUGGAGGCAUCUACGAAACAUCCUGUUGAAGAGCUGCAGCGGUUCUCUAACAUGCGUACUCUUUCUCCGCCUUGGGUCCUUGUCGUGAAAGUCUGUGUACCAAUGUCAUGCUGUGAUGAAGCAGCAACGUUCCUAAUCAAGGCGUUCGGCGGGGAGGAGAUCACCAAACGGCUUGUCGGAGGUACCAAAUGGUGGCAAGUUCGUGGUGUGAAUGGGGUCGACGCGGAAUGGAUCGCUGCCAAGAAAGACUGGGACAUGGCUGAGAAGCGCUUCAAGGCCCACGAGAAAGAACGCUCCGGCACAAGUGAUGCACACAGGUCUGAAGGUCCUGAGGAAGGUGUCCAUUCAGAUGCUUCAGGUCAUUACCAGCCAGAGAUGGACGAAAUGAGAUGCAUUCUGUAUGCCCACGGAGGCGGGUACUACUUUGGAAGCGUGGAUCAAGAGAGAUACAGCAUUCAGCGACAUGCACGCAAGAUCAAAGGUCGCGUUUUCGCGAUCAACUACCGCUUGGCUCCCCAAUAUCCGUUUCCUUGUGCUCUCCAGGACCUCUUAGCCGCAUAUUUGUUCCUCAUACGACCACCAGAAGGGUCCUCCCACCGCCCUGUCAAGCCUGCACAUAUCGUUGUUGCAGGAGACUCUGCCGGCGGAGGACUAUGUCUCGCUUUAUUGCAAGUUCUGCGCGAUACUGGCCUACCUCUGCCAGCCGGAGGGGUCCUAAUAUCUCCAUGGUGUGAUCUGACACAUUCAUUCCCUAGUGUACACCUCAAUACUGCAACAGAUGUUAUACCACCGUACGGAUUGUCAUUAUACAAGCCCAGUCCGCUUUGGCCGCCGCCUCCAGACGAAUUGGUUACAACAGUACAGGAAACUGUACGAUCGCGAAUACGACACGCUGUUGGUCUCAGCACGAAAGACCGUGAGCCGAGCUUGAAGUCACCAAAUCUUUCCCAUGACUCUGCCCAUUCUGCGCAACGCAACUCUUAUGAGCCGUCGUCACCUCGCGCCUCGCUACAUUAUGAUGUACGACUUCCACAAACCGGUCAAACGCUACAUCUUGGCUCUGCGGCUGAGCUGCCUGCUCCGGACUCCGUUUUCCGAAACCAGUCGGUCUCUUGUCAGACCGAGGAUGGAAAGAUCCUUACCAUAGAUGACCAAAUCCACCUAUAUGCGCCGAACUAUCUCCUUGCCCACCCGCUUAUCAGUCCUGUCGUUUCGUACCUCGGCGGUUUGCCUCCAUUGUUUAUCAUUGCGAGCGACAAGGAGGUACUUCGAGACGAGAUCAUAUAUCUUGCCCACAAGGCAGCAUAUCCUGAUAAAUACCCAAUCAAGGAGGAAGCUCGGGCGAUAUACCCUGCGCUCGUUGGUAUAGAAGAGAGAUAUGGUCCAACCCAAGUGCAUCUACAAAUCUUCGACGAUACGGCACACAUACUUCCAGUCCUGUUCUCCUUCACAACCCCCGCCAAGUACUGCUAUCGAGCCGUUGCUACCUUCAUCAAAUUUGUCACCGGCAUGUUGCCUCCAUCGAUACCUGAGGCAGAUAGCCUCGAUGAUAUUCCGAUGGUACAUUCUCCAUUGAGUACCCCUCCAAGAGAGGCCAGCCCCGCCAGUACUCCGCCAAUACCCAGCGUACAAUCUGAACCAUCAUUAUCGAGUGAAGCCCCUCGUCAGCGUAGUCUAACUAUGCGUGUUCUGGCAGAGGAUGAACAUAGGGCAGGAAGGGUAUCACUUCGCAGAGCUUUCAGUGCUCGCUUUACGAAGGCCUCGGGCAGCUACUUCCAGCAGUCGAAACCGAGACAGGCCCCGAACGGCAAUCGAUAUGGCUCGGAAGACGUCGCUGGCCCCAGGUUCCUCGGUUCUACGGACUCAGAGAUUGGAAGAGAGGGGUCGCGUACGGCAGGCGAGCCUUCCGUAUAUGCGAACGGUUUGUUUAUAGCAAACUAUUAUACGAGAAAGAGUAUCGACUCGAGGCGUUAUUCGCCCUCUGGAACCAGAGAGCGAACUACCCGCUUUCAGCCUUCCUCAAGAAUUGAUUGGAGUCAUUUCGGAACUAGCGAUGCGGAGGUACCUUGACGGGCGAGUGAAAUUUGACAAGAAGUUCAGCAGCACUACGAAGUCUAUCGCUAAGCAUCGCCGACGCAAUUUGGAGCUGGCGAAGAAGAAUGCUGUGAAGAACAUGACCCAGCUGCAGACAUAUAUAGAAGAGGGAAAGAUUCAUCAAGGCGCUUGCGAGAGGCUCAGGGGUGUCAAGGAGGGCACGCUUGACAGCUGGAGCUGGGCGUGGGCAUUGGAUGCAGAUGAACACCCUCCUCCCAGCAGCAUUGUGUCGCGUAGAGACACGACUGAGGCUGUCGAAUUGGCUAGGAUUGCUGACCAAUCGGUCCUCGUCGAAGAGCACAUGUUAUCUGGGAACAACCUCUGGUCGAUGAUAGUCAACUUCCUAACUGUGGUACCAGACAAGAAGCAUCACCAUCAUCACCUGCAUCUCCAUCGCCAUAAGCACGGGCAUAAUGAGGAUGGCAAAGAGAAGCACGACGAUCGACAUUCCAAGAGAGAGAGAUUCAUGUCAAUGUUCGCCCACUUCUCUAAGGAGCAGAAGAGAGCUUCCUAUUCAAAUGCAAACUCGCCCGUAGAGGAACAUAGACAACGUUGAACACGGACGAUUGGGAUGAAUCUUUGGGCUUCGUAUUCUUUGCCUGCGACGAUGUAGAAAUUAGACUGACACCAUAUUCUGGACCUUGUUGCACACCCAUUAGUACCGUAGUAUCACCAGUCUCCGUUAUUGAUCACCUUCUUAAGGAUAUGCCCCUGAGGUGGUGUUGUUUCCGUC